GUGACCUUCAUUACCCGAUGACUUUUCUCAACCAAUCACAAAGAUAUUGGUACACUGUACCUCAUCUUCGGCGCAUGAGCAGGCAUAGUAGGCACCGCCCUCAGCCUACUCAUUCGUGCGGAACUUGGCCAACCAGGGACCCUACUAGGAGACGACCAAAUCUACAAUGUUAUUGUCACUGCCCACGCUUUCGUCAUAAUCUUCUUUAUAGUAAUACCUGUAAUGAUCGGGGGCUUCGGAAACUGGCUAGUCCCUCUUAUAAUCGGCGCCCCAGACAUAGCUUUCCCCCGAAUAAACAACAUAAGCUUCUGACUUCUCCCUCCCUCAUUUCUUCUCCUACUCGCAUCAUCUACCAUCGAAGCAGGAGCCGGGACAGGAUGAACUGUCUACCCCCCAUUAGCUGGCAACCUCGCCCAUGCUGGUGCCUCCGUGGACCUAGCCAUCUUCUCUCUUCAUCUGGCAGGGGUCUCCUCUAUCCUAGGAGCUAUCAACUUCAUCACUACUGCAAUCAACAUAAAACCCCCAGCCCUCUCACAAUAUCAAACACCCUUAUUUGUAUGAUCCGUUCUAAUCACAGCCAUCCUACUACUCCUAUCUCUUCCAGUCCUCGCUGCCGGUAUCACUAUGCUUCUCACAGACCGAAACCUUAACACCACAUUCUUUGACCCCGCAGGAGGGGGAGACCCAGUUCUAUACCAACACCUAUUCUGAUUCUUUGGGCACCCCGAAGUCUAUAUCCUAAUCCUUCCAGGUUUCGGAAUAAUCUCUCACGUAGUAACCUACUAUGCGGGUAAAAAAGAACCAUUCGGCUACAUAGGAAUAGUCUGAGCAAUGCUUUCAAUCGGCUUUUUAGGAUUUAUCGUAUGGGCCCACCACAUAUUUACCGUAGGAAUAGACGUAGACACCCGAGCCUACUUCACAUCCGCCACUAUAAUCAUUGCUAUCCCAACUGGCAUUAAAGUAUUCAGCUGACUAGCUACCCUGCAUGGAGGAACAAUUAAAUGAGACCCGCCCAUCCUAUGAGCCCUAGGCUUUAUCUUCCUAUUUACCAUCGGAGGCCUAACGGGCAUUGUCCUAGCAAACUCCUCCUUAGACAUUGCCCUUCACGACACCUACUAUGUAGUAGCUCACUUCCACUAUGUCCUCUCCAUAGGUGCCGUCUUUGCCAUCCUGGCAGGCUUUACACACUGAUUCCCCCUAUUCACCGGCUACACCCUUCACCCCACAUGAGCUAAAGCCCACUUUGGGGUCAUAUUUACGGGGGUUAAUCUAACCUUCUUCCCUCAGCACUUCCUAGGCCUAGCUGGAAUGCCACGACGGUACUCUGACUACCCAGAUGCAUACACACUAUGAAACACAAUAUCCUCCAUCGGCUCUCUAAUCUCCAUAACCGCCGUAAUCAUGCUAAUAUUUAUCAUCUGAGAAGCAUUCUCCUCAAAACGAAAAGUCCUCCAACCCGAACUGAUUGCCACCAACAUCGAAUGAAUUCACGGCUGCCCUCCUCCACAUCACACCUUUGAAGAACCAGCCUACGUCCAAGUCCAAGAAAGG